AUGUCGGAGGAGGAGCUCCUGCCUGAGCUCACAGACGCGGAGAAGCGAGAGAUCGCGAGCAACUUUGUGCUCAACUCGCCGCCGGGACAGACGCAGAAAGUGGUUGAGGACGUCACGAAGCUGGUCGGUGCCGACUGCCUCGACGCGGCCUCGCUGGAGGAGAUGGUGAUGCGGGUGAACCGUGACAAGUUCCUCGCGGUCGAGGUGCCCGGCGCCGGCUACCGCGUGCUGCUGACGCCCGAGGGGCAGCUGGGCGGCGGGCUCACCUUCCUCGACCCGCAGGGCAGGCAGGCGCUGCUCAUCUCGCACGCUGAGCAGCGCUGCACGGGCGUCAAGGCGCUCGACGCCGCGACGAGCGCCGCGUGCGAGGGCGCGGAGCGGGUGCGCGCCAGCGUGCACGCCGCCAUGUCGCGCUACGCCGCAGACAAGCUGCCGGACGCCACCGUCACCACAUACGGCUUUGUGCGCGGCGGCAAGCAGCGAGUCUGCCGCAGCAGAGCUGCAGAGGCCUCUCCCUCACCUCCCCCCCGGAGCCUGCGCCUGGUAGGCAAGCAGCAAGUCACUUGCUGCGUCGGCCGGUGCAACAUGAACCUGAGCAACUACUGGCGGUCGAGCUGGACACUCGAGGUGUCCGAGGGCGCGGCGUCGGGGCAGCUGUCCGGCUCGGUGGCGUGCAACGUGCACUACUUCGAGGACGGCAACGUGCGCGGCGACGUCGGCGCCGCGUUCGUGAGCGCGGUGUGCGAGCUCGAGGCCGGCUUCCUCGGUAGCAUGGAGGACAUCUACACCACUCUGUCCGAGUCGGUCCUCAACGCGCUGCGCCGGCGGCUGCCAAUCACGAGGGUCAAGUUUGACUGGGACAACAAGGCGUCCGUGCACAAACUGGCCACCGGCCUCAACGCCUUCAAGAUGGGCUGA